AUGAAUCCAUUUAAACUCGCAACUGCUGAUUUUAAUUGUGACAGUUAUUUAGAUAUCGUUUUUAGCGAAUCUAAUCCAUUUCGAAUAGAAAUACUCGUUGGAUCGAGAUCUGGUAAUUAUCAUAUAGAACAAGUAUUAACAGAGGAAUUGAAUAGUACUUAUAUUUGGAUUGAUGUUGGUGAUUUUAAUGGAGAUAAUUAUCCAGAUAUAAUUGCUGUAGACCAAUCAUUUGGUUUUAUCUUCAUUUUAUUAAAUACUAACAAAUGUUGUUUACAUAAACAUUGA